ACAGAUAAGGAGCUCAGAGUGAGGCAGGGGCGGAAUGGUGCUCAUUGAUUCCAAAGCAUCUUUGAUCUGCCAGCCAGAGGGGCCUUUGCUGCUGGUCUUUCUUGGACCAUUCCAGAGAGGACAACCAGGGACUGAGAGGUGAGAGAGCAGAAUGCCCCCUGGGGUUGACUGCCCCAUGGAAUUCUGGACCAAGGAGGAGAAUCAGAGUGUGGCUGUUGACUUCCUGCUGCCCACGGGGGUCUAUCUGAACUUCCCUGUGUCCCGGAAUGCCAACCUCAGCACCAUCAAGAAGGUGUUGUGGCACCGAGCCCAGUAUGAGCCGCUCUUCCACAUGCUCAGCGACCCCGAGGCCUACGUGUUCACCUGCGUCAACCAGACCGCGGAGCAGCAGGAGCUGGAGGACGAGCAGCGGCGGCUCUGUGACAUCCAGCCCUUCCUGCCCGUGCUGCGCCUGGUGGCCCGAGAGGGGGACAGAGUGAAGAAGCUGGUCAACUCCCAGAUCAGCCUCCUCAUCGGCAAAGGCCUCCAUGAGUUCGACUCCCUGCACGACCCCGAGGUGAAUGCCUUUCGCACCAAGAUGCGCCAGUUCUGCGAGGAGGCGGCGGCGCGGCGGCAGCAGCUGGGCUGGGAGGCUUGGCUGCAGUACAGCUUCCCGCUGCAGCUGGAGCCCUCGGCUCGGAGCUGGGGGGCCGGCACCCUGAGGGUCCCCAACCGGGCCCUCCUGGUCAACGUCAAGUUUGAGGGCAGCGAGGAGAGCUUCACCUUCCAGGUGUCCAGCAAGGACGUGCCGCUGGCGCUGAUGGCCUGUGCCCUCCGGAAGAAGGCCACGGUGUUCCGGCAGCCGCUGGUGGAGCAGCCCGAGGACUACACGCUGCAGGUGAACGGGAAGCACGAGUACCUGUACGGCAGCUACCCCCUCUGCCAGUUCCAGUACAUCUGCAGCUGUCUACACAGCGGGCUGACCCCCCACCUGACCAUGGUGCAUUCCUCCUCCAUCCUCGCCAUGCGGGAUGAGCAGAGCGACCCCGCCCCCCAAGUCCAGAAACCACGCACCAAACCACCCCCCAUUCCCAUGAAGAAGCCUUCCUCCUUAUCCCUGUGGUCCCUGGAACAGCCUUUCUGCGUGGAGCUGAUUCAGGGCAGCAAAGUGAAUGCCGAUGAGCGGAUGAAGCUGGUGGUGCAGGCCGGGCUCUUCCAUGGCAACGAGACGCUGUGCAAGACGGUGUCCAGCUCGGAGGUGAGCGUGUGCUCUGAGCCCGUGUGGAAACAGCGGCUGGAGUUCGACAUCAACAUCUGCGACCUACCUCGCAUGGCCCGUCUCUGCUUUGCACUUUACGCCGUGAUUGAGAAGGCCAAGAAGGCUCGCUCCACCAAGAAGAAAUCCAAGAAGGCGGACUGCCCCAUCGCCUGGGCCAACCUCAUGCUGUUUGACUACAAGGACCAGCUCAAGACCGGUGAAUGCUGCCUCUACAUGUGGCCGUCUGUCCCAGACGAGAAAGGGGAGCUGCUGAACCCCGCGGGAACAGUGCGGAGCAACCCCAACACAGAGAGCGCUGCGGCCCUUGUCAUCUGCCUCCCUGAGGUGGCCCCCUACCCUGUGUACUACCCCACCCUGGACAAGAUUCUGGAGCUGGGGCGGCACGGAGAGCACGGGCGCUUCAGUGAGGAGGAGCAGCUACAGCUACGGGAGAUCCUGGAGCGGCGCGGGUCCGGGGAGCUGUACGAACACGAGAAGGACCUGGUGUGGAAGAUGCGGCAUGAGGUCCAGGAGCGCUUCCCGGAGGCGCUGGCCCGCCUGCUGCUGGUCACCAAGUGGAACAAGCAUGAGGAUGUGGCCCAGAUGCUCUACCUGCUGUGUUCCUGGCCCGAGCUGCCGGUCCUGAGCGCCCUGGAGCUGCUGGACUUCAGCUUCCCUGACCGCCACGUGGGCUCCUUCGCCAUCAAGUCUCUGCGGAAGCUGACGGACGAUGAGCUUUUCCAGUACCUGCUGCAGCUGGUGCAGGUGCUCAAGUACGAAUCCUACCUCGACUGCGAGCUGACCAAGUUCCUGCUGGACCGGGCGCUGGCCAACCGCAAGAUCGGCCACUUCCUCUUCUGGCACCUUCGCUCCGAGAUGCACGUGCCCUCCGUGGCUCUGCGCUUUGGCCUAAUCAUGGAGGCCUACUGCAGGGGCAGCACCCACCACAUGAAGGUGCUGAUGAAGCAGGGCGAGGCGCUGAGCAAGCUGAAGGCCCUCAAUGACUUCGUCAAAGUGAGCUCCCAGAAGACCACCAAGCCCCAGACCAAGGAAUUGAUGCACCUGUGCCUGCGCCAGGAGACCUACCUGGAGGCCCUCUCCCACCUGCAGUCCCCGCUGGACCCCAGCACGCUGCUGGCUGAAGUCUGCGUGGAGCAGUGCACCUUCAUGGACUCCAAGAUGAAGCCGCUGUGGGUGAUGUACAGCAACGAGGAGGCCGGCAGCGACGGCAGCGUAGGCAUCAUCUUCAAGAACGGGGACGACCUCCGCCAGGACAUGCUGACGCUUCAGAUGAUCCAGCUCAUGGAUGUUUUGUGGAAGCAGGAGGGGCUGGACCUGAGGAUGACCCCCUACGGCUGCCUCUCCACCGGGGACCGCACGGGCCUCAUCGAGGUGGUGCUUCACUCAGACACCAUCGCCAACAUCCAGCUGAACAAAAGCAACAUGGCGGCCACGGCUGCCUUCAACAAGGACGCGCUGCUUAACUGGCUCAAGUCCAAGAACCCUGGGGAGGCCUUGGAUCGCGCCAUCGAGGAGUUCACCCUCUCCUGUGCUGGCUACUGUGUGGCCACUUACGUGCUGGGCAUCGGUGAUCGGCACAGCGACAACAUCAUGAUCCGUGAGAACGGGCAGCUCUUCCAUAUUGAUUUUGGCCACUUUCUGGGGAACUUCAAGACCAAGUUUGGAAUCAACCGUGAGCGAGUCCCAUUCAUCCUCACUUAUGACUUUGUGCACGUGAUCCAGCAGGGGAAGACGAACAACAGUGAGAAAUUUGAAAGAUUCCGGGGUUACUGCGAACGCGCCUACACCAUCCUGCGACGCCACGGGCUGCUGUUUCUCCACCUCUUUGCCCUGAUGCGGGCCGCUGGUCUGCCUGAGCUCAGUUGCUCCAAAGACAUCCAGUAUCUCAAGGACUCUCUGGCCCUGGGAAAGACAGAGGAGGAGGCCCUGAAGCACUUCCGGGUGAAGUUCAACGAAGCCCUGCGGGAGAGCUGGAAGACCAAAGUGAACUGGCUGGCCCACAACGUGUCCAAGGACAACAGGCAGUAGCGGCCCGCGAGCCGCCGUCACAGGCUCCGGGCACCCGGCACCCUCGGCCGUCCUUUGGGGCCGGAAAGCCUGAAUGGAACCCCACGGCGAGAACCUAUACACAGCCUUUGUUUACACUGGUUAUUUAUUUAUGACUUGAAAUGUUUCAGGAGCUAAACAGCCAUAAAUGGAAAUGCAUCCUU